UGUGAUUGUACAAAAUGGCUAAAACCAUGUUAAAAACAAAAUUCCUGGCCUUGUUUGUUUUCUAUGUCUCUGUGUCAGCUAGGAAUACUGGCAAACCAAAUAUUGUGUUUCUAUUGACAGACGAUCAAGAUGUCAAACUUGGGGGACAGACUCCAAUGGCGAAAACAAAGAAUCUUGUUGGAGACAAAGGAAUAAUAUUUGAGAACAUGUAUGUGAGUGCGCCCCUUUGCUGCCCAAGUCGAUCAAGCAUCUUGACAGGAAAAUAUGUUCACAGUAAUGGCGCUGUAAACAAUUCUCUAGCGGGGAACUGCAGCAGCCCUUACUGGCAACGAACUCAGGAAGUAAAAGCAUUCCCGACAUACCUUAAAAAGCAGGGUUACACUACAUUCUUUGCGGGAAAGUACCUUAAUCAGUAUGGGACGCCAAAUGCGGGAGGGGUUCAGCACGUCCCUCCUGGUUGGGACUGGUGGAUGGGGCUCGUUGGAAACUCCAAGUAUUACAACUACCACUUGUCUGUUAAUGGUUCACUGGAAGUCCAUAAAAGUGACCCGGAAAAAGACUACUUUACUGACGUCAUUAACAGACAUGCCACAUCAUUUCUGGACGUACAGAGCUCUAAUUCCUCUCCUUUCUUCAUGAUGCUGUCAACCCCUGCCUGUCAUGGACCAUUUACACCAGCUCCCAAAUACCAAAAUAACUUUGCGAACCAAACGGCUCCACGGGAUGGCAGUUAUAACAAACACGGAUAUGACAAACAUUGGCUGAUCCAACAAGCAAUAACACCUCUACCGAACGAUACUGUAAAGACGGAGGACAAUGUAUUCAGAAACAGGUGGCGUACACUACUCUCAGUUGACGACAUGAUGGAAAAUGUUAUCAAUAUUCUACAACAAAAAAAUCUACUGGACAAUACAUAUAUCAUUUUCUCAUCAGACAAUGGAUUUCAUUUAGGUCAGUUUUCGAUGCCUUCUGACAAACGUCAGCUGUACGAAUUUGACGUUCGUGUGCCGCUGAUGAUUCGAGGACCCAGUGUAUUCCCUGGUCAAGUGAUAAAAGAACAAGUGAUGAAUAUUGAUUUGGCACCGACAUUCCUAGAUAUAGCUGGUGUGCCCUCUACUCCAGACCAAAUGGAUGGAUUGUCUCUUACACCUUUCUUCUCUAGUAGUUCAAAUAAAACCUGGGCUCGGUCAACAAUACUGAUAGAACACCAGGGAGAAUACCAUGAAAACACAGCCGGUUGUCCACAGUUUAAACAUCAAAAUAUGUCGAAUUGUAACAACCAUUGUGUUUGUGAAGAUUCAUGGAAUAACACAUAUUCCUGUGUAAUAAGACGAGAACCGUCUGUAUCUCCUAGUCAACCAGGCCGUCGUGUUAAAUACUGCCUACUUAAAGAUGAUGAGAAUUUCCAAGAAAUGUACAACUUAGACACAGAUGAAGAUGAAUUUAAGAAUAUGGCUAUCAGUUUACCUGAAGAUGAUAAGAAGGAAAAUGAAACUUCACAGAAAAAGGAAUCUAAAUGGGUGCAGAAUAUCAGUGAUAUGGCUGUAAAGAAUGCUAGCAAUGGGGAGAUAACUGUGGACAAUCUUCUGACGUUCAGUAACUUCAGUGGGGAUGCUAGUGCUUGUGAUGAACAGUUCUCCAGGUUGAAAUCAUACAUAAACAAAGGAAGUGAACCAUAUAAAAGCCAGCUUCAGCCCUUGCUUUAUCCUGUUUUUGUUCAUCUUUACCUAGACCAACUGUGUAAUGGUCAUAAAACUCCAGCACAUAGAUUCUACAGUAAGCAUGUGAAGUUGUUUGACAAUGAGAAGUCCUACAGCCAGACACUGGAAUCAAUACACAAACUGUACAACAGUACGGAUGUCAUGGGGUGUUUAGAGGCCACAGAUUUCAGGGAGAAUAAAUUUAAGAUCAGGUUAUCUGAAGGAGCCUUAGAGUAUCUUCUGAGACAUCUAAAGCAUGAAGACAACAGCACAAUAUUUCAGAUUUUUAAUCAAAAUGUUAAACUGGAAAAUACAGUUGAGGAGGAGACAAAAGGGAGACUGGAACUGACAGAGGGACUGAAUGUACCAAAGGAAGAAUCUAGAGAGGUAAAGGAAGAUCCCGAGGAUAGUGAGGCCUUAGCAACAUUACAGCUGUCAAUCAAACAUGUGAGGGAGGGGCCUCCAUGCCUACCCUCCAUUUGUUUCUAUACAUUCAUUAAUGCUUAUCAAGGGUUGUGUACAGUUGACAUCUCCCCUGAUAAGACUUUGCUGAGUGCAGGAUUUGAGGACUCCUCCAUCAAGCUGUGGAGCACCACCCCAAGUCUCCUUCAAUCCACCCCUCAAACUGUGGAUCCAUGUAAACUGUAUAUAGCAGCUGACUAUUGGAAUGUGGACAUUAUCGAGGAAUGUAAACCCCGGUACACAGAGACGGUGACCUUGAGAGCUCACAGUGGUACAGUGUACAAGACCUGCUUCUCUCAUGAAUCCAAGUACCUCCUGUCUGCCUCAGAAGAUGCUACUGUGCGGCUGUGGGAUCUAGGCACACACACAAACAGGGUCUGCUACAGAGGUCACAAUGCACCAGUGUGGGACCUAGAUGUGGGUAGCAUAGGUGGUUACUUUGCAAGCUGUUCACAGGACCGCACAGCCAAACUCUGGGUCAGUGACCGCAUCUAUCCAGUAAGGACCUUUGCUGGACAUAAUCUUGAUGUAGAUUGUGUUAAAUUCCACCCUAACUGUAAUUAUUUGGCCACUGGUUCCUCUGACCGGUCAGUCAGGCUUUGGACACUGCAGGACGGGAAGGCAGUUAGAUUGCUGCAUGGCCACAGAGGAUCUAUCAUGGCUGUUGCCUUCUCACCCAAUGGAAGCUUCCUGGCAUCAGCAGGUGAAGAUAAAAGAAUAAGAGUGUGGGACUUGAGUUCAGGGCAGCUAUAUAAAGAACUAAAAGGACAUACAGACAUGAUACACUCCCUAACCUUUAGCAAGGACAGCAGCAUGCUGGCAUCUGGAGGUUUAGACUGCACCAUAAGAGUAUGGGAUCUCAGACGGGGAGUAGCCAGCAGCAGCUCACAUUCAGAUGGAAUUUCCUCUCCAGAGCUGCUCGGAUCAUAUUCCACAAAGUCAGCAGUUGUGACUUAUUUACAGUACGCAGAUUACAAUCUACUCAGAGGAGCAGGAGGGGUGUGAUAACUGAUUUACUGAAAUCUGCUGGUCAGAUCUAAGUUAUCGAACUUGUGCAGGAGGAGACAUUGAAGAAAAGGCAACAAAGAAUACGCCCUGUAGUCACUGAAUGUCUGUCAGUGGUUUAUCAGUGUUCUAUGUAAAACAGAAAAUUUUUCAACUUUCAGAAGUUUGAUGUUACAUAAGAAAGUAUGUUUGAAUUCUAAAUUCAUCUGCAAAAGCAGGACAUUGUAAUGCAGUGGAUGAAAAGUUGUUCUUGGUCUGGAACACUCAAUUAAAAAAAAAAAUCCCAGAAGUGAAUGAA